UCCGGCGUAGACGGUGGGGAUAAUGCUUCGGCUUCAGCUUUUCUCGGCACUCAUCCUCGUACAUAUUCUGAGUUCUGUAUCGUUAGGAGAAUGUGUGCACGUGAUUCUGGGGGAUCCUGUUACGUUUCCAGUAACUGGAAACUGUGGGAUCGGUGAGCCGGCUGCUCUGUACCGGGUCCGGCAGCACGGUGCCAUUCAGCUGGUGGCCCGCCUAGAGCAAGGUGUUUGCAAACCGAGCGAAGCUUACAAUGACAGAAUGAAUCAAAGCUUGUGUUUCCUCUCCAGUCGGUACACGGACACCGGACUAUAUCAGUUAAACUGCGGCAGCCGCGAGGAGAACGUACAGCUGGAUGUGGUUGUGGGUUUUGAAGUGUCAGUCAAAGAAGGAAAACCGGUGAAACUCCCGUGCUACUACUCUACUACAGGUAAACACGUGGAGGCUGUACGCUGGUGGAAAAAGGAGGACUUGGUGCUGGAGCGGGACCUGUCCUCUGAACUGACCAAAUAUGGGACAGGGUUUGAGAGAAGAGUGUCUCUGUCACAUGAUGGCCACAGCGUGGGAGACUGGUCUCUGAUCUGGGAUCGUGCUGAGCUGGAGGAUGAAGGUGACUACUUUUGUUCUGUCCACAGAAACGGCGCAAGGGAAGGAUGGGGAAACCCUGCUGCGGUGAGGCUGAAGGUCAGCAAGAGAAACCCGGAGCAGACCACCCUCUGCCCCACCCUCACUCGGACACAGACCAUCACUGAAGAGAGGAUGGGGACCCUGGCCGUUGUGUUCACAACAGUAUUUGUGACUCUUGCCAUUGCCCUAUUGUUCCUGCUUCCCUGGCUUGUGAAAACCCGCUGCGCCAAUGGACCCUGUGGUUGUCGGGGGUCAAUUUCAGCCUGUUGUACAAAACGGGCAACUUUCUCAAGCCAAUGGAGUCGAGACUCAAAUGACAUCACACCCUGAAGUGCCCUAAAAUGAUAAAGGUGCCAUGAAGGGUGCGCUGACCUGCGGACAGUAACGACAUGUGAGGCAUGAUAAUAGGCCCAUUGAAGUUUCAAAUGAACAAGUUAAAGACUUCUUCCCAUAGAAGAGGGCAGGAUCUUAUUGCUCCCAAAGGACUCUGAAAUCCACUUCUGCUGGUCACCUGUUACAUUCUUAUCUUUGUUGCAAGAGUGCAAGAUAGUUCAUCAGCAAUACAUUGAAACAGACCUACUCUGUCAAACUGAUGGUCAAAAAGUGGGAUAUGAAUGUCAGGCUGUUCAAGUCUUUGAUCGAGGGAGAUUCAGCGAUGGGACUAUGCUGUGCCUUGUGAGCUGGCUUUAUGGCCUUGGUCCUGCGUCUUAACCCAAGUCAAGGUCAGAGUCAAAAUCAGUCAGUCUAAAAUUGACUUUAAUUUCAGUGAGGGUAGGCUUUAAAUGUUAACUAGCCUUCUGACACACAGACUGGGUCCAUUGUUUUUAUAAAGGUUUUGAGCAGGGGGCAUUAGUCACCAAAUAUGCAUGAAUUUCAAAAACAAAGAGGAAGUUGGUCACUUGAGGGAUGUCUGUUUAACUUUCAUCAUGUCAAGUUUUAAAUAAAACUUUUACACUACCACUUCA